AAAAAAAAAAAAAAAAAAAAAAAAAAACCAUCAACAUUCACAUUCAGUCAUUCAAGAAGAUGUGUAACCAAAAUUAAACUAAAGUUCUAGUAAAUGAGUGCAUUAGAUGUUCAAAAAAUUGUAUGUGCACGUUAUUAGUGCGGCAGAGUUUAUUUUAAAGCGUCUCUAGUCUCGAAAGGAUGUGAUGACAACACUUCCCUUCGCUCUUCUCCUGUGAUGGUGCUGUUCCCCGAAAUGAGUGUUAAUCACAUACAUUGAGAAACAAGAACAUGGGUAUUCCCAAGUUGUUUGGACUGGUCGACAAGGAGCCAGCAUUAUUUUAUAAACCCAUCAAAUUACAUGACACCCUUAUAGUCAUCGACGGUAACUGCAUCUCAUGUUGGCUUUAUCGGACAUUCUGUAGCAACACAGUUUUCAAUGGAGAGUACAGUGAAUUUGAAAAGUGUGCCCAAAAAUUUUUCUGCAUUCUCAAAGAAUGUAACAUUUUUCCCAUUGUAAUUCUCGAUGGAGCACAUGAAGCCAGAAAACUGAAAACAAUCAAAGGAAGACUUUGCGAUAAAAUUUUACGCAAUCAAAAAAUCAAAACGAUCGAUUUUAGAGGUGAUGUUUUCAUUCCUAUUCACCUUAUUGAAGUUUUCAAAACAACCAUGAUUGAUAUGGAAAUUUUCUAUUGUCAAAGCUUCCUAGAAGCAGAUGUUGAUGCCACAAAGGCUGCUCAAUCUCUUAACUGUCCACUUCUAAGCUGUGAUUCCGAUUUUUAUCUGGAUGAUGUAGAUUACAUCCCAUUCACUACGUUGGAUCUACAGCUCUUACGACUCGAUCAAGAGAAUGGAUCCUUACAAUCCCAGUAUUGUGUACAAGGAAAAUUAUUUGAUCGCACCACCUUCUUCAACAAUUAUGGUGGUCUAGCUCGUCUGGAAUUUUUACCAUUAUUUUCAUUUUUGCUUGGAAACGACUAUUCCGAAACAGAACUUUGUGAAGCAUUUUUCUCCAGGCUAAGUGGUCAGAAGUCUAGUUUGAAGUUGGAGCAGAAAAUCAGAACUCUCUGCAGAUGGCUCCAUAACUUCCAGUCCCCUGAAAUCGCCAUGAAUGAUUUUUUGAAGGAGAUUCCACAAAAAUUAAGGCAGAGGAUGAAGAAUGAAAUAUUACGGUGUUUGGAGGAGAAGAACAGCAAGCUGUCUAGUUAUCUGGUUCAAUACAUUUUACAAUCUCUCAACUCGGUAAAUUGCCCCUCGCUACCUUCCUCUAUAACUCUCAGCAAUAAUAUUGAAUCUAUCGAAGAAAAAUCUAAGUGGCUCACUACAGCUGUAGCUUAUUUACUACCAAAAAGUGCUAAAGCAAACAAGACUAAGUCACACACUAGUUCCAAAACGAAUAUUCCUGAAUGGAUUUUAGUCCAGUUUGUUCAAGGGAAACUUCCAAGAAAUUUGAUGGAGAUCCUUCACACCCACUGUUUCUUUUUUGUGCCACAGAUAGAACUUAGCUCAUUGUCACCUGUUGUAGCAUCUAGUUUUCAAGCUCUAGAAUGUAUUCUUGGCAUUAUAUUCUGUGGCACUCCUGCGGAGAGUAACCAUCAAGUUACUUGUUACUUACGUCAAGGCAAUCACUUAGGGACAAAACUUUUAAGGCCUACUUAUUUGAAUCUCCCAAUUCUCAGCAUGACAGAAAUACCCGCUCUCCCAAUACUUGAUAGGAAAAAAAUUCUGUGUGAUGUAUUGAAAAUUCAACAAAUGCAAGAUGGAGAUGUACCUGUGGGGUGGGAAAUGUUUUUUUUCUCCUUGUCACAUUGGUAUCAAGGUGAGAGUUCUCAAAUCAUGAACAUGGCGCUUGGCUGCUUGAUUUUCUCAAGUAUAUUUAUCGGCCUAUUAGACAAGAAAUUAGGUUAUUAUAAAGAUGAAAAGUCUCUUCUGAAAAAAUACUCGAAUGAAUUAGAUGAAGCAAUGAAAGAGAGUGAACCCUUGGAGGCAAUGGUCAGUGAUAUUAAUAAGCUAAGCUUUUUUGCUCAAAAUUUUUCAGCAGCCAUUUCUGCUGUAACUUUCAAGGACUCUCUACUUGCUCUUCAGCACUUCAUAUCUUUUCGCCAUCGAUUCCAUUCUAAAAAUCGUCAGUCAAAACAACUUCACAAACCUAUUCUUCACUAUUUUGCUCAGUUUCAAAAUAAUAUUUUAGUCCAUGAGACUUUAAAUGCGCUCUUGAACUUCCCAUUCCCUCCAUUAAAGAUAGCUAAUUUUUAUUGUGGCACAUUGAUGUAUAAUAUUUAUUUUGAAAUACAGUGCCAUAAGAAUUUGAGAGACUUUGUUGAGGUUAAAUUUCAUCAUAUGCCAACCAUCAAAGCAUUAUUUUUAUCAGCUUUCAGUCUUAUUGAAAAACUUUCUGGAUGUCCUAUCCUCUCUGAGAUGAAAACAUCCUGGAAAACAGUUAGUCACCGCAGAAGAAAAAAAUGAUAUUUAAUGGAAACAUAAUUGGCUAAUCUUGGGAUUACUCAACAUGAACGCCAAUAAUUUUAGAUUUUGAAUGAAUUAGAUUCGAACCAGUAGUUAACCAUCGACUUAUUAUUGAACUAUCUCUUGUAGGUAGCACUGAUUAACUUAAACAUAAAAGUGGCAAGAUUGCACACUCGAGCAUAUUUUAUAUUGUGAAUAGUCAGGAUAUAAGAAUUUUGCUAUCAGCCAUCCAGAGAUUUCAUUGAAAUGAGUCCAUGCAGUCGAUUUUGUUUCUUGAUCACUACAUUGUGAGAUAAAAUGCUCAUUUUUAAUGCACUGACUGAAAUGACUUCAGCUACCUCAAAGCUGCAGUGAGGUUUUAACUUCAUAACAUAACCUUCAGUUACAGCUAAAAGCAGAUUCAGUGAUGGAAGAGUGAUGCAAGUGGGCAGUCAAACCUCACAACUGAGAGUCUCGAAUUUUUAUGUGUGGAAAUGGAGAGCAGGGCGUUGUUGACCAGGCCUAAUUUCCAAUUAAUUUAUGAAUAAUUUGUUAGCCUCUCAUUUCUACUACCCCUUAGAUGGAGAUUGGGCAAUCCUGUACAUUAUUCAUUUGUGCGCGUUUAUGUCAUUGCUGGAAACCACGGCUUGGAAACAUGCACAACUCAAACUCACAGUAACGAUUCUCAGCAACCAUCGGACUAAUGUUGAAUUUGUCUGAACUAUUUGAGUAGAUUUGAUACACAUCUGGAUGAAAAUAACUCGAAUUUGCUAAAUUUCAGCUGUUGGGCGAUGACUGUUGACUUUCACAUUCAGCAGCUAAAUUCAGUGUGUGAUUGCGGCAUCAUGUUUGCCAUCCACCGUGGAGCUAGUAUAAUUCCUGCUCUACAAGUAGAUCAGUUCUCAGGGAAUUUUAGGUGCUUGUCUAUUAUCUGAAGCUUAAAACUAAGUGGAAGAAGCAUUGAAAAAAAAAAUUUUCCACCUAUCACUAUUGAGUAUCCACCUUACCCUCAAGCCUAAAUGUAUUGAAUCCAGGUAUUUUUGUUAUCAUUAGGUAUAAGUACUUGACAGUUGCAUGGAAAAUGUCUCUUCCCGAUGAAUUCAUAUUUUUUCAUUCAUGUAACUUGUAUUUUUAUAAGUGUAAACUAAUUUGUUUUUUCUACUUUUUUUAUUCAUACAAAACGAAGACUUAUUUCAAUUUAUUAUGAGGUUACAAUUCGGUGGAAUUUUUUACAUAUAUUUUUAGAAAAAUAAAUACAAUUUUUUGUUUCCACAUAAGA